CCCAGUUAUGAGUUUAUCUAAGAGCACCCACAUUGCGUCUGAUGGCAUGACUUCACGCGAUUAGUACGUUCUGCUUAAUUGCUGGUUUUUUUUUGUGGCUCUCUGGCGCUGACUGGGAGUAAAAAAUAACGCUGCUGCCUCAUGUCAUGCCAUCAACUCUGUGGCCAUGACAUCUUACUUGGGUUUUUAAUCGGGAAAUUCUUGUGGUUGUAACACCGAACCAAAUUAGCUAUGCGGACUCAUACGCCCAUUUCGGUAUUCAUGAGGAGAUGCUGAAGGACUCUGUUCGAACGGGAUCGUAUCGGAGCGCGAUGCUGCAGAAUUCUCAUCUCUUCGUGGGGAAGACUGUCCUGGAUGUGGGUUGCGGAACGGGAAUAUUGAGUAUGUUCGCCGCCAAAGCGGGCGCAAGCCAUGUUGUCGGGGUCGACAUGUCGAAUAUUAUCGACCAAGCGCAGAAGAUCAUAGAGGCCAACGGAUUUAAGGACACCAUCACACUCGUCAAAGGGAAAUUGGAAGAAGUUGAGCUUCCCAUAAAAGAAUUCGACAUUAUUGUCAGCGAGUGGAUGGGCUAUUUCCUGCUAUAUGAAAGCAUGCUCGAUACGGUCUUGAUAGCGCGAGACCGAUACCUGAAACCUGAGGGCUUGAUAUUUCCCGAUACCGCGUCCAUGUAUCUCGCGGCCAUUGAAGAUCAGGAAUACAAGGACGAAAAGAUAAAUUUUUGGGAUAACGUUUAUGGGUUUAAUUUUAGUUGUAUCAAGGACAUCGCUCUCCGGGAGCCACUCGUCGACACUGUUGAGCUCAAAGCCGUAGUGACUGAUCCAUACUGCUUUAAGCAAAUCGAUCUAAGGACAGUUACCAAAGAAGACCUGACAUUCACAGCACCCUUUUCCCUCCAAGCCACUCGCAAUGACUACGCUCAUGCUUUCCUCGCUUGGUUCGAUGUUUCUUUCGAGGCAACACAUAAAAAGGUCAAAUUUAGUACUGGCCCGCAUGCCAAGUAUACCCACUGGAAGCAAACUGUAUUCUAUACCCAAAGCACCAUUACCAUAAAUGAAGGAGAGACGAUAAAAGGAGAACUUUCAUGUAAACCCAAUGCACGCAAUCCCCGUGACUUGGAUAUUGCCAUUUUCUACGAAGUUGAUGGCAGCCUACCUUCAUCCGAUGUGAUCGAAUAUAAGAUGGCUUAAUUAACUAUUUUGGCACUUAUCGCAUGCAUUCAAAAUCUCCUUUUGUCAUCGCGAUAUCUCGCUUACACUUUAUCCUCUCUCUUUCCAAAAUGGUCAUCCUUGGACUAAAAUCUUUCCACUAUUCAGGUACUAAUCGUCCCGCGUGCCACGUCCUCUUCUUGUCCAUGUCAUGAGAACGUGCACGUAUCUCUUGCUUCUGCGAAGUGUCAUAUAGAAACAUGUACUUGUUAUGGUGAACAGUAUUUGCAUUACGAACCCCCCUUUGAAUGAG